UGAAUAAUCCUAUACCUUCCAACCUGAAGUCAGAAGCUAAAAAAGCAGCUAAAAUAUUACGAGAAUUUACAGAAAUAACUUCCAGAAAUGGACCUGAUAAAAUCAUACCUCCUCAUGUCAUAGCUAAAGCCAAAGGCCUUGCAGUUCUGUCUGUUAUCAAAGCUGGAUUUUUGGUGACUGCUCGAGGUGGAAGUGGAAUUGUAUUAGCUCGUCUUCCGAAUGGAACUUGGUCUGCUCCUUCUGCAAUUGGAAUUGCUGGCCUUGGUGGUGGAUUUGAAAUUGGAAUUGAGGUUUCAGACUUAGUGAUAAUAUUGAACCAUGAAAGAGCAGUAGAAGCUUUUGCCAAAGGAGGGAAUCUUACACUUGGAGGAAAUCUUACUGUAGCAAUUGGACCUCUGGGAAGAAACUUGGAAGGGGAUGUUGCCCUGAGAAGCUCUGCUGCUGUCUAUACCUACUGCAAGUCUCGGGGGCUGUUUGCGGGGGUAUCUCUGGAAGGAACCUGCUUGAUUGAAAGGAAAGAAACAAAUCGCAAGUUUUAUGGGCAGGAUAUUCGUGCUAGUGCCAUCUUGCUUGGUGAUGUGCCUUUUCCUUCUCAAGCAGAAGACCUUUAUGAAACCUUAGCAUCCUUCACUGAAGUAUAUGAAAAUGAAGAGCAAAAAAAUAAUCCAGGAAAAUCUGUAAAUGACCCACCUACUAGACCAUCAUCAAGACCAGAGCCACCUAAACCCACUGUUAGACCAACACCACCAGCUAAAAAGAAUACAAACAGACUUUAUCCUGAACUUCCAAGUGAUUAUGGUUCUGUGG